AUGGCGGACAAGGGUGCCAUACUUUUGUGCAGAUCACUUUUUUCUUCGCGCCUUUCUGCUUUAAAUGCCAAAUCUCUGCGAUAUUUGACGAGGUAUUUAUCUAGUAGAGUCCCUGUACUCAGAGAAGAGGAGGCCAGGAUCUCUUUCACAACGGACGGUUGCGGUAUAGAAGAGCUUGAGAAGGUUCAAGAUUUGGUCAGUGGAAAUUUGGAAAUUCGUGAGAACUUUGUCUCUGAGGAGGAGGAAGAUUUACUUCUUAAGGAGGUCGAACCAUAUUUGAAAAGGCAAAAGUAUCAGUAUGAUCACUGGGAUGACGUGAGUAUAAUUGUCUUUGGUCUCUCAUCACUAUUACCAAAAAACCUGUAAUAAUAUUAUAAAUUACUUGAUUCGGUUGAUUCAGCAAUUUUAAGUUACUUUAAGCUAACAUUACAUCUUACUGAAUUAACAUUAUUAUUAUACAUUGUACUCACUAUCUGUCUUCUCAUUGGCUAAAAGCCUACAGCUUAUUUUGGAAGUCAAGGCAACCUACAGAUUAUCUAGUUAUCUACUAGCAGAUAACUGCCUAAUUUGUAGGUUGUGCACGCAAUGCAUGAUUUCCAGUAACAAUGUCAAUUCAGGUUUCUUGCGGCAAUGUGUUUGUCAUUACUUUCUUCAAAACAAUGUAUAAUAAAACAAUUAUUAGAUUCAGUUUUUGCAAUAUCCCAAAUAAUCAAGGUCUUGGUAAGUGUUAUCAGCCUCGGCCUUCGGCUUGGCUGAUAACACUUACCUCGACCUUGAUUAUUCUGGAUAUCACAAAAACCUCAUCCAAUAACAAUUAUUGUUUAUAACAUUACCCAAGGGGUUUCCCUCAUUAUUUAACGCACUUCAUCGUGAAAAUGAUAGGUUUUAUGCUACAGUUAUUACAUGAAUUCUAAAUAAAAUCAUGCAAACAUCAUUGUCACAAAUGUAAAUAUAUGUUGUAGUUAAUUUUUUAUCUCAGGUGAUUUUUCCUUUUCUUUUGUUUCAACUUCAUUAGCAUACUUAACCAUACCCCAAAACAAAAGAAAAACAAAAAUUACCUGAGAUAGAAAUAACUACAACAUAUACCAGGGUUGUCAAAAGUAGCCGGCUGCCGCCUACUUGGUUAGUAUCGGCCAGCUACUCUGCAGCGUGCAAAGAAAGUAGUGUUCAAUAUCCUGGGGCUAGUGGAUUUUGCUAUGGGGCUAAUGAAUUCUGUUUUUAACUUGCCCGAUGGGCAAGUGAUGUUUUUUGAGGAAUUCAAAUAACAGAAGAACUGUGAAAUCAAUUCUGCUCAUCAAAACAUUUUGGGGGCUAGUUGAAAUGACAUCUGGGCUAGUAAAUGCUAGCUUUAGCUUGCCCAAAUGGCAAGCUGUAACAAUGAUUUUCUUUGCACCCUGCUCUGCUUGGCAUUUCUUUACGAAUGGUGUUUUUUAAAUAAAAUAUCCCUGGACUGGCCACUUACUUUGACAACACAGCCAUCUCCUUCCAAGACUUUCUGACAACCCUGUAUAUACCCAAGCCAGUAAACUGAGAUUGUGAGGGCACAAUAGGCAUAAAAGCCUAUGGCCCCUAGUUUUUAACAAUCCAUAAUUAAACCUAAAAACAAACAAACAAACAAACAAACAAAAAACAUCAUGGAAAUACCUACCGCAAUAACCUUAUCCAAAACUCACCAAAUAAAAAAAAAAUCGUUCGAAUGAAAUGGUAGGUGUUAAUGCAAGUGAAAAUAGUGUUGCAAUUAGAGUGAUUUUUGUGAAGAGAAGAAACAAACAAACAAAAACAACAACAAAAUCCAACUUCCAGAUGUGAAUGAUAACCUCUACCGGUACCUUUCAUUUCAAUCAAAGGUAUUCUUCAAAAAGUUUAAAGGACACUGAAAAUUACAAUUAAAAUGGCUUCGGGGAUUUUGAGAACAUCUCUGUUUAUAUUAAAUUAUAAACUCGCUCACCAAGCACUCUUCUCAUCAAUAUGAUUAUGGUUAGGAUCGCUGUUUUUCUUAGUAAUAAUGAGCAGAUCGUCUUUUUCUUGUUUGAAAUAAUGAUCUCUCAAGUAUGUAAGCCCUUUGGAACUUUACAAUGUUAAAAAUUUUCCUUAAAUUCGGCAAACUCAGGCGCAGUUUUAUCAUAUUUGUUUGUCCUCUUGGCGAGAAGUUCCCCGCAUGAGCCUUGCAUUCAAGAUCAAGGCCUUCUCGUCCCAGGACUGUCGGAGAAUACAAAUACUGCCUAUUACUGAAUCAUGCAGACUGUAUCAAUUAAAAUUGACACAGUCUGUGAUUUUCUGCAUUUACAGCUGUAACUGCAUAUUGGAGUCUAAAGAAAUACUAUAUAUAAUAAAGUAAUGUGUGGAGCCGGAUGGGAAUUAAACCCAAGGCCGUCUGUACACCACUUUGUCACUGAAUUCUUUAACCACUGGGCUCCUGAGAACUCCACAGUGUGCAGUGGUCAUUGGUUGAAUUUGUGAAAACUACCGCACUGUGCAGUCAUAUUAUGUCCAUUUUGAAAACACCCAUUUAACCCGCAGCAAGUUCCUUGUACAAUGGAACCCGGUUUAUAAGGACACUGAGGGGACACACCAUAGUGUCUGUAUUAUCCAGGUGAUCAUGUUAAGUGGGCUCUCAGAAAAAAAAAAACACACAUACACACAAAAAAACAAAAAACAAAAAACGUCUUGGACACAAAGACUGAAGCAUAACACCAAGGAAGUCAGACUUACUGUAUGUAGUAGAAGGUAAAAAAAAUAGAAAUAAAUAAAUAAAUAAAUAAACAAAACUCAGCCUGUUUAAGGGCAUUAUUACAAGGGUCAAACACUGGUAAAAAGACAGACUUCAAACUUGUCACGCUAUUUUGCUACUGUUUUUAAGUAAUUAAAUCAAAUUAACUGAUAGAUAUCUGUCAUCAUUUUAACUGCGUACAAUGUCUACAAUUUAGCAUAUGAUUGUGACAAAGGAAAUAGACAAGGCACAGGUAACCAGUGUCUGUGAAGUGGGGUAUAUGAUAGAAGAGAGUUUGUUACUCAGGACACCACAAAGUGUCCGUUCUCCAUGUUAAUCAGUGUGCUUAUAAAGCAGGUUACUUUUGAGAUAAAAUAUAAUUAUGAGCUCUUCGUUGGGACAAACAAAACUGUCCAUUAUACAUGUAUAUGGGUGUCCGUGGGGUGGGAUUCCACCAUAAACACUUUACAUAAUAUUAUUAUUUUAAUACCUGGUCCUCAUUGUCAUAACAGGCAAUCCAUGGUUACAGGGAAACAGAGAAAUCAAGAUGGAGUCAAGAGUGCUUGUCUAUAUUUCAGAGAAUCAGAGAUGUAGCAUUUAAUCCUGAGUUAAAACUGCUACCUCAUGUUCAUGUGUUGGAUUUAGCAAAAACAGGGUAUGUACAAUAAUUACCAGAUUUGAAUGCUACAAUUAACUGUAAAAAAAAAAUAAUAAUAAAAUGGAAAUAAAAAAAUAGUCAUAAUAAUAAAUAAAUAAAAUAAAAUAAAUAAAUAAAUAAAUAAAUAAAAGUAAAAUAAUCAUAAUCAUAGAACCGUAAACUUCUGAUUAUAAGCCCUGGGCUUAUACAACUUUGUAAGGGGGUUUGGGAGGGAUUACACGGUUUUUGUGAGGGCUUAUAACCAGAGUGAAAAGAGUGCAUAGCAGUGCUAUAUUCGGGGGUUGGGGGGGCAGGGGUGCAGUUGGGCUUAUAACCAGAUGUUUACAGGUAUAUGGGCCUAUAAAUGGGGGGAGAGCCUAAAAUCAGAAGUCUAUGGUAAUUAAUCAGUAAAUUAAUUUUAAAAAAACAUAAACAAAAGCAACAUACAGUGUACAGUAUAUAACUUGUUCAUCAAGAGAAAGUAAAUGGAAGUGCCAGAAAACUGGAUUCAAUCUCAGACCUUGCCAGAUUUUUUUCCGAUUACAUGUACUAUGUACUUUUUUUUUACCUGUAUGGUAUUUUGUUUGAGAGAACAGUUUUGGUUUAAGUCUGUCACACGAUUGAUAGCACUUAAUAGCAGCUAAAUGUACAGGUAUAUGUACACCCGUCCAUGCAACAACAAAAUGGUAUUACUUAAUAAUUGCAAUAUUAGUAUUGCUUGGCUCAUUCUCUUUAAGUGCCAUUUUGAGUUGUUUAUAAAAAAUGAAAAAUAAUAAAUUUAAAUAAACAAAUAAGUAAAUAAACAGCAAUGUACUGAGAGUCAUUUCAUUUAACAUUUUAGGCAUAUUAAACCACAUGUGGACAGUGUAAAGGUAUGUAAAAAAAACAAAACAAAACAAAAACAAAAACAAUGAAACAUAAUUUUAUAAUCUUUACCAGCAGGGAUUAGUAUACAUCAUGUGUCUGAAAGUUUAUCAGUGGAUUUGAGGUUGUAGAUAAAUAGCUCUUAUUAGUAAAAUAAAAUGCAACCAUGACGUAUUUUUAUUCCCCUUAUCAACUGAACACAACAUAGUGUUUCAAGAUUUAAAAGGGCUCUUACUAUUUGUAGCAGUAUAGUUAUGUUGAUGUGUGUCAAAUACGAUCUUAGUACAAUAUGGCCUAGCUCUCCAUGGGUCUCUCCUCAUCUCUUUGGAUAGGAGAAUUAAUCUUCGUUUACAUUUUUUGCCUCAUCUCAUUAACAUAAUAAAAUAUAAUCCCUGAAUAAUAUUUAAAGAGCAAUACAAUUUCACUUAUCUCUGAAAAAUUUGGGCCAAAAUACAGUAGUUUCGAAGAAAUUCUCUUGAAAAACCCUAUUGGUUCACGUUUUUGCCACCCCGCAACUUUAAACUUGAUUACUGAUAUUCCAUUUGUAAUUGAAUACAAAGAGCAGAAAAUUGUGCAAACUCCUAAAAAAUUAAUUAUGCAGUUCAUUUGACUUUCGAACUUAAUUUGUAUAUAAGGAGACGUCUUCUAUGGGUCAACUGGCAUGCUAAUGAGCAAAAAUGACAUCAGUGACAUCAGCAAAGAUUUGCCUAUAGAACGCCUGCCUGCUGUUCAGGAGGUCAUUGUUUCGAAUCCUGUUGGGUACUCAAAAGAUAUUUUUUUGCUGAGCAAUUUGUGGUAAAGCCCACAGUGUAACAGUUUAAUAUUAUGAUCAUAUCCACAGAGGUACUUGCCAAAGAAAGGGAUGAAAGUCCAUAAGUUCUAAGGUUGAUUAAUUUUUUUUUUUUGGACUUGUUUUUGUUUCAGUUUUGUGGAGAUGUAAUAUCUGGCAUUAGCCUCCUUUCUCCAUCAGUUAUGCGAUUUAAACAUGAAAAAUUUUCUAAUGUCAAGGUGGAUGCUCUUCUCCAGCCAAGAUCACUUUACAUUAUAAGGUAUACAUGUAUGUUAACCCUUUAAGUAACAUGACCCUUGCAUCACCCAGAGAAAAGGUAAUGAGAAGUAAUAAAAUGAUCAGGGAAAAUGCUUUGAUGUUUUAUCAAAUUCUCUCAUUAAACUAAUUCUUUAAGGAAAUGUACGGAGAUGAGUCUGGAGAAUUUUUAAGUGGAUAUUGGGGGCCAAACGGUUACACUUCCAUUUUCUGUUUCAUAGGCUUGUUUUGAAUUUAUCAAAAUUCAUUCUUGACCCUGAGGCUGAACGGAAUAAAACGAAAGAAAUGAACUAAUCACUUUGAAUCUCAGGGGGUGUUUACAUGACACCGGGCAACUUUCCCCAAGAAAAUGAAUGUGAAAAUGAAUGUCUACAAUAAUGUAGACAUCGACGCAAGUUCAUCCUAAGUUAUUAUUGAACAUGUCAAAGCCAGAGAUUUUAGCAUGAGCAUUUAGUGUGACUUAGGUUUCGUAUAAGAGUUGUAGGCGAUUAAGAGCACGUGCGCACUUUUCAUUCUAUUGUUUUUUUUAAUUUGAAUAAUAUUUCAAGCGUCAUGUGUAACCGUUUUGAUCACGCAAUCAUAUUGUUGAUGUAGACCCUAACGCUUCAGUGUUGUAAUGGCGUUUAACUGAUGAGUGGGUCACCUUUUCGGUGGCCUACGAAACAAGUUUGUAUUAAACACCCAUGCACUCAGGAUUUGAGUAGUUCACUAUUGGACUAUAUAUAUUUUUUGUUCAAAUUUUUCAGGGAUGCUGUAAGAUACCAGUUUACACAUGAAAUAUUAAGUGAGGAUGAAUCUGUUUGGAAAGGACAGGUUGUACCAAGAGACAGAAGAGUAUCAUUGAUUCUAAGAUGUCAACCAUCGUGCCAUGAAGGAUAACGAAUGUAGUGAAAGAAUGUCCAUCAACAAUGGACAUUGGGGAGACUGGACGCAGGUUGGCGGACCGCUUUAGAGAGCACCGUGAGAUGCCAUUAACGGGAGGAAUGACCUUCAUGUACCUGCUUACUUCAACCAAACCAAUCAUACACUGGAGGGAAUGAAGGUUGCUGUAUUGAAGGCAGGCCUAGCCAACCAGGAAUACCAUACGAAGCAGCAGAUGAGGUUGAUUUCCAAAUAUGGGAC